AUGACUACCUACAUUCCCCACCUAACACUUCCUUCGUCCAUCUUUGAGAAGCCGGCGGCCUCCGUCUUGCUGCCUGUCGUACUUGGGACUGCUGUAGGCUACUCGACCAGACCCAAAGAGACGCAAAAGACAUAUCUCGCCCUGCGUCAGCCUCCUCUAAGACCUCCACCAUGGGUCUUCGGCCCGGUAUGGACCAUGUUGUACGGAGCCAUGGGAUACGCCGCUUUCCGCGCCUGGUCCACUGCCAUGAACUCGUUUGAUGCAAAGAAGGUCCUUCUUGCUAAGCAAGGCGCAACUCUCUACACGAUCCAACUCGCCCUUAACCUCAUCUGGAUGCCCCUCUUCUUCUCCCUGAAACGCCCGAUCGCUGCCACUGUCGACAUUGUUGCCCUCACCGGCGUCACCGGAUACCUUGCCUACAUUUGGGGUCAAGUUGACGAGGUUGCUGCAUGGAGUCUUGCUCCCUACCUCGGCUGGCUUGGGUUUGCGACCUAUCUGUCAGCAGGUUGCGGCUACCUGAACAACUGGGACUUUGAGAGCAAGGAGCGCCCCGUUGCCGACAAGCCCAAGGAUACCAAGUUUGUCGACGAGAAGAGCGAGUAA